CCAGAACACAAGUUCCUCUCUGCACCAGUUUGUUUUCAUCCUGACCUUCCACACUGCAAGAGCACACUAAUCUUUGCAUUGCACAUUCAUUUAAAGUGCAUCUCUCAGUUUCUCUCAGAGUUUCCUGCAGGACUCUCCUUGCUCCAUCACCAUGAUGCGUCUCCAGCUGGUCCUGAGCGUCUCGGUGCUGCUCUUCAGCCCGACUCUGGUCUCCGGAUCUCGGAUAGUUAAACGCUUCGCCAUCGGCUGCUCGGAGAAGUGCGACAAAUCCAAGUGCGCUCCGAUCCCUGCGGACUGUCUGGCCGGUGAUGUGCUGGACGGCUGCGACUGCUGCCCGGUGUGCGCGUCCGGAGAGGGCGAGCCGUGCACCGGUACCGACUCCGGUAACGGACACAGUGAGUGUGCAGAGGGGAUGCAGUGCGUGGUGUCCGGUGGAGGUGUGGAGGUUUCCAGCACCGUGAGGAGGAGAGGGACAGCCGGUGUGUGCGCGUGCACCAGCUCCGACCCGGUGUGCGGCAGCGACGGAGUCUCCUACCGGAACGUCUGCGAGCUGAAGCGAGUCAGCAACCGGGCGAUCAAGCUGCAGCAGCCGCCGGUGAUCUUCAUCCAGAGAGGAGCCUGCGGGACAACUCAGCUGAAUCCUGACAGCCUUCGCUACAAGUACAACUUCAUUGCUGACGUGGUGGAGAAGAUCGCACCUGCUGUCGUUCAUAUUGAACUGUACCGCAAGAUGAUUUUCUCUAAGCGGGAGGUGGCAGUAGCCAGCGGCUCCGGGUUUAUCGUGUCAGAGGACGGACUCAUCGUCACCAACGCUCACGUGGUGGCCAACAAGCACCGAGUCAAGGUGGAGCUGAAGAGCGGAGCCACAUACGACGCCAAGAUCAUGGAUGUGGACGAGAAGGCCGACAUCGCUGUGAUCCAGAUCGAAGCACCGAUGAAGCUGCCGGUGCUGCUGCUCGGCCGGUCGUCGGACCUGCGUCCCGGCGAGUUCGUGGUCGCCAUCGGCAGCCCGUUCUCCCUGCAGAACACCGUCACCACCGGCAUCGUCAGCACCACCCAGAGAGGAGGCAAGGAGCUGGGCCUCCGCAACUCCGACAUGGACUACAUCCAGACGGACGCCAUCAUCAACUACGGCAACUCAGGAGGACCACUAGUCAAUCUGGACGGAGAGGUGAUUGGCAUCAACACUCUGAAGGUCACGGCAGGAAUCUCCUUCGCCAUCCCCUCAGACAAGAUCAGACAGUUCCUGGCAGAGUCACACGAAAGAAUGAUCAAAGGUAAAACAUACCAGAAGAAGAAAUACAUCGGCGUCAGGAUGAUGAGUCUCACUCCAUCGCUGGCUAAAGAGCUGAAGGAGAGGCAUUCAGACUUCCCAGAUGUCACCUCCGGGGCGUACGUCAUCGAGAUCAUCAGAGGGACUCCAGCGGCGGCAGCUGGCCUGCAGGACAAAGAUGUCAUCAUCAGCAUCAAUGGCGAGCGGAUCACCUCGGCCAGUGACGUCAGCGCAGCCAUAAAGAAUGACAACACGCUGCGAGUGGUGGUGCGGCGAGGCAACGAGGACGUCAUCAUCACCAUCGUCCCCGAGGAGAUCGAGCCUUGACGUCUCAACAACAAUCAACCACCAGUCAACCAAUCCCGAGCUGGCUCUCAGUGUUUUUCAACCAAUCAUGAACACUUUGAAAAACCAAGCCACCAACAGGGUUGUGUGUGCGUCUGGGGCCACACCUACUGCGUUUAAGAACUUGUAAUUAUUAGCACUGCUCUUCCAUGACGUUACGCUCGCACACCUUCACAGGUCCAACGUCAUGACCCCGGGAACCAAAGCUUCAACCCCGUCGUCAUACUUCUCAUGUUAGUUAUUCUUCUAAUCCCAUUUUACUUUCCAUCAUCACGGACCUUUUCUAUUCUACUUACGCCGCCUGUCGCUACAAAGAGAUUACUGCAGGUCACCGUAGUUCUGUUUGGUUGUGUACGUUCUUGAUGGAAUAUUUUUUUAAUAGUAUUUUUGUCUCUAUGUGUUUGAUGACAGUUUUUUAAAAUAAAGGGAAUAAAAUUAUUUUCAAAAGUGA